UGAGGUUGAUAAGGAUGGAGAGGAUGAGCAGAGAGGGGAUUGAUGUGGUUUGAUGAGUGCUGAGCUGCAGGAAAUUCCACAGCUUGGAGCCGUGAUGUGUGUGGAUCACCCACAGUCCCUGGGAACUAUCAUUACUGAAGAUGAGGGGGGAAUCGACUGACCCGAAAACAUGAACCACAUUAAACUAUCUGUGCUGGGCAGCAAAGGAGCUGGAAAGUCUGCGCUGAUUGUGCGAUUCCUCACCGGACGAUUCAUCGGAGAAUACGCCUCCACCUCUGAGUGUAUCUACAACAAGCAGGUGACUGUGGAUGGCAAGACAACCAAUGUGGAGAUAUACGACCCAUGUACCCAGCCUAUUAAGCAGAAUCCUCCUCUGAGUGAGGAGCUGAGCAGAGCAGAUGGUUUCCUUGUUGUAUAUGAUAUCAGUCACAGAUCAACCUUCAUUUUUGCCAAGACAUUGAUCUGCAGCCUGCGGGACUCGCAAUUCAAAACUUGUAAAAGAGAUACGGAGGCAGUGGUGUUCUUAAUUGGCAAUAAGCAGGACCUCUGCCAUGUCAGGGAGGUAGCAUUAGAAGAAGGGCAAGUUGCAGCUCUGGAGUACCGAUGUCAGUUCUUUGAGUUGUCUGCAGCUGAACAAUACCAGGAAGUUGCCGACAUGUUCACAUCCAUCAUGAGAAAGAUUGUCCACAACAUCAAGAUCAAAGAGAAGCAAAGGCCAAGCGGCUCCAAGUCCAUGGCCAAACUGAUCAACAAUGUGUUCGGCAAGAGACGUAAAUCUGUGUGAGGAGGAUAUGGCCACUGACCACUGCUGUGUGAAGAGGAUUCUGAUGGAGUCACUGCGUACAUACAUAACAUUAUCUAACAUGUACUGAUUCCAAGUUAUGCCUUGUAUUAUGCUCCAGAGCUUCACUCACUGUUUUGCUGCUGGAGUCACUUUGUACAUACUGUAUAUUGCAUGCCCUAUCCUGUACUGAUCCUAAUUACAUCCUAUAUUA